AUGCCUCUCUCAUAUAAAAAAGCACCACAAACCACCUCCGUCAAAUGGAGUGCAUCGCAUUUAAGUAGUAAUUUAACAAUCAAUCGUGCUUCGGAGACACGUCGCGCGACAAUGUAUGGUGUCGCACAUAAAAGUGGCUUUACCAUGGUUACUGUUUCUGAGGACGGUACUAAACAAAUCCAGGGCCAAGUUAUAUGUCGACCCGUAGGUCAUAAUAGUGCUCUGGCAUCGGAAAGCGAUGCUCGGUUUAUUCCAUAUAUCGUUCAGGCUGUAUUCGUUAACUUACCUAUCAGAAAUAUUCUUGUUCUGGCUUGUACAAAAAGUAUUCAGAUCUAUGAGUUAGACGGUACAACAAAUUUACACACACAUGUUCUCGAUAAAAAUCAUCCAAAUCGAACUGAAUCAUCAAUCUACGCUCGAGGAAUCGCUGGUGUCGGUCAGAAUCUAUUAUGCGUUGGUAAUCAUCUAGGCGAAGUACUUGUAUUCAAUAUUCCACAAAAAGGACCAACCAUCACAUUAAAAGAGACGAUAACCGGUCAUCAGUUUGGUAUAACAAGUUUAGUAUCGAAUGCUAAUUUGUUAAUAUCGAGCGAUACAAGUGGCUUCAUACUGAUUUGGAAUGUUCGGACAAUGUCACAAAUAAAUGUCAUUCAACCGGUUGACGAGAGUGGGGUUACAGCACUAUCGAUAUGGAAUAAUUGUAUUGCAGCUAGUUAUGCAAAUGGAAUGAUUCGAUUUUUUGAUCCGGAAAAUGCUCAAAUCUGUGGCUCUAUUGCGGCACACGCUCGAUGCAUCAAUGCAAUUGAUUGUAAUGAACGAGGUUUACUCGCAUCUGUUGGCGAUGACUGUUAUGUACGUGUUUGGAAGUUAACCGGUGAUGGCGAAAAUUUACAAAUUACUCAUGAAUGUAAUCAACAUAUUGAAAAUCAGCAAUUAUGA